AUGAAGGCAAACUUCCUCACGACUUUGAUGCUGGCUGAAGGCAUUGCUGGCCAUGCUAUCAACCGACCCUCAUCUUGCAAACCGGCUGUCCCAACCACUGGAAAGGCUGUGUACUUCAUAUCCAAUGAUGCCGACAACUCGAUUAUAGCUUUGCCUAUUCAACCAGAUGGCACUCUGAAAGCCGGAAAGAAGAACUCGGUGAAUGGAGUUGGAUCUAACAGCCUAACUGCUAUGGGGCAGCCUGCUGCGCCGGACGCGCUAUUGAGCCAGUCUUCCAUCACCAUAUCUGGAAAUGUCGUCUUCGCCGUGAAUGCAUUCAGUGGGUCUGUAACCCCAAUGAAGAUCUCCGACAGCGACCCGACCCAACUGUCAUUCAUCAGCGAAGGUGCAACUUAUAUCCAAAGGCCUUUCCCUAACACCGUCGCCGUAUCGGCUAAGAACAACAUCCUGUGUGCUGCGACCACCGCCACACAAGCCGGUGUCUCCUGCGCCCCGUUCCACGAUGGAGGUCUAUACUCGUUCAAGUCCGUGCUAUCCUUUGACCUCGGACAAUCAAACCCGCCCGUCGGCCCAACAAACACCGUCUCCCAAGUCUUAUUCUCCGAUGACGAGUCGACGCUCAUUACUAUUGUCAAGGGCGAUCCCGCGACGAACAAGACGGGAUUUAUCUCUACGCUGCCCGUUUCCGAGAUCAAUUCGGAUUGUCCGCACGACACUCGCACCACGCCCGAGGGCACUGCAGUCUUGUUUGGAUCUCAGGUCAUCCCCGGAACCAACACUUUCUUCUCUACUGACGCCUCUUUCGGAGCGGCAGUAUUUAGCCUUGACCCGGCAACCGGAGGCGUAACUACUGUUGGCAAACAAGCCCUCAGCGAUCAAAAGGCGACAUGCUGGUCUGCCUAUGCCCCUGCUACCAAGAGUGUCUUCGUCACAGAUGUUGCUCUGCCUCGCAUCGUUGAGAUGAGCGCCAAGGACGCCAGCAUCAUCUCCCAGAUUGAUCUAUCCCACACGGGUGACGCGGGCUUCAUCGACCUCGCGGCAGCCGGUAACUUUCUCUAUGUUCUAUCGCCUGGAAAUCAGACUACUGGCGCUGCUGUUAUUGUCUUGGAUAUUUCUGGUGGCCAAGGAAAAGCGAAGUUCCUUCAGAGAUUCAGUGUCGAGGAGUUGGCUGGCAAAAAUUCUCAGGGGCUAGCGAUUCUUCAGUAG